GGGCGGGGGGUGGGAGGGUGGCUGAGCAGAGCCGGUUGAGGGGCGGCCCCGCGGCGGGCAGGGCAGGGCCGGGCCGGGCCGGGUGCUGACGGCUCCGAGAGAGGAGCUGAGGGAAGGCUGAGGGGCCGCAGGAAUGAAGGACCGGCUGGCCGACCUGCAGGAGUGCAAAGGAAAUGAAGAUGGAGAAACAGUUAUUGUUGAAAAAGACCAUUUUAUGGAUGACUUCUUCCAACAGGUUGAGGAACUUAGAAAUAAUAUAGCAAAAAUAGCACACAAUGUGGAAGAAGUAAAAAAGCAGCACAGCAUUAUCCUGUCAGCACCAAAUCCUGAAGGAAGAACAAAAGAAGAACUCGAAGAAUUAAAUGAGGAAAUAAAGAAGAUUGCUAAUAAAAUCCGAGCCAGGUUAAAGGCUAUUGAACAAACUUUUGAUCAGGGUGAAAAUGCUAAUCGGACAUCAGUGGAUCUCAGGAUAAGAAAAACACAGCACUCUGUAUUAGCUCACAAGUUUGUGGAGGUCAUGACAGAAUACAACGAGACCCAAUCUCUUUUUCGAGAACGCAGCAAAGGUCGGAUACAGAGACAAUUAGAGAUAACUGGAAAGACCACCACUGAUGAGGAACUGGAGGAAAUGUUAGAGAGUGGCAAUCCUUCAAUUUUCACAUCUGAUAUUAUAUCAGACUCCCAAAUAACUAGGCAAGCUCUGAAUGAAAUUGAGUCCCGACACAAGGAUAUUAUGAAACUGGAAUCUAGCAUACGAGAGUUACAUGAAAUGUUUAUGGACAUGGCUAUGUUUGUUGAGACUCAGGGUGAAAUGAUCAACAACAUAGAAAAGAACGUGAUGAAUGCAUCAGAUUAUGUGGAGCAUGCUAAGGAAGAGACAAAAAAGGCAGUUAAAUAUCAAAGCAAAGCACGAAGGAAAAUAUGGAUAAUUAUCCUUGUGUCAUUGGUGUUGAUUGCCAUAAUUGGUCUAAUUAUUGGUUUGUCUGUUGGUAUUCGGUGAUGCUUGGAUAACCUCAGCAUGCAUGAAUUCCUGCCAGUGCGGCAAAAUUGAUAUUCAUUAUUAUAUGUGUAACUGUAUUACUUCUGAUACUUGGAAUUAUCCUAGCAACAACACUAUCAUAGCAAGUAUAUUCAAAGAGCUACGAACCUUCAGCAACUCCAAAAUAUGUCUUCAGUAAAGCCAAACUUUUUUUAUGAAAGAUGCCUUAAACCCUUGCACUGUUACAUGAUGAUUACCUAUCACUAAAUGGCUAAAAUGAAAACAAAAUCACUCUUAAUGUUUACUUAUAAAUGAAGAACAGAAUGUAUUAGGAUAUGUAUGGAUUUUCAUCAUAAACUAUACAUUUGUAAGACCGAAACUUGCUUUUAAUUGUUUUGAACUAAAGUAACUUAGGAUGCUUUCAUAUUUCAGUGUUAUAAACAGUUCAUAUAGGGAGAUGAGAAGCUUUUUUGACUGUUUGACUUUUUUAUUUCUAUUGCUAAUAUAAUCCUAAUCACAGAUUUUAUAACCUUACUGGUGUUGCUUCUGUUAGCACUCCUGUGAACAUUUUUAUGAAAUGUAACUAUGUCUUUAAGUUAUUUAGUCACCUUAGCCUGUCUAAGCUUAAUACUUUAUUAAAAUAUUCUUCAGCAAGUGCUAAAAUAUUUUAUCCUGAAAAGACCACUUAGAUAUUUAAUGGUCUGCCUCCUACAUUACACUUCAAAAAGCAAAGAUUUUUUUUUACACUUUCCAUUUUUAUUCUUUUCAACAUGACUAAGAUUAAUUGCUUUAAAUAUUUUCUUUAUGUUAUGGUAGAAGUGCUUUCUGGUAAAAGAAUACAAUAAUGAAACACACAAUUUGAACUUCAGCAAAUAAUUUUAUAGUCUUUGUUCAAACAGAACUCAUGGAUCAGAUUAGCCUUAUUGUUCAUAUGAAUGAUAAAAAUCAUAUGAUAAAAUGAUUUUAAAAAAAUCACACCUUCUGUAAAGUCAAGUCAAUAUUUCAUUUUCAGAAGCUUGCUAAUGUUGUGUGAAUGUAGUACAUGGGGAGAAAUGCAACUCUCUCGGAAAACUCCAGAACGUAAUGCAAACUAAGACGCUGAUUUGUUAUGAAAUUUAUUAUAUAACAUGUAUGAAGUGUCUUAGUAUAUACAUAUUGUUGUAAUGCUAGCUUGUAAGACCUGAAAGCUUGAAAGACUUUAAAUGUAACCAAAUAACUGCAUUUAAUGUUAAAGAUUAUUUUUGUAUUUUGUGUGUAAAGUAUUUGUAACUUGAAUUUUUGAUUUCUCGUUGUUUAGGAUGUCCAUGUAGAUAUGUAGAUACAUUUACAUUGUAAGAGAAUUAGAGGAAUGUAUAAUGUGUGCCUUUUUAAACACAGUCUAAAACUAUGCUUGUUAAUGUUUCCAGAUAUUCCACUAUAAUGUUAAUUUCAAUAACUGUCAUAAAAGAUUAGAAUCUUUAAGCUUACAUUUUGUGGAAAGUGCCUGAGAUUAUUAACUAAAAUGUAACUCAGUCUAUUGACUAGCUUCAUAAAAUUCAGCAAAGUUUACAAUAUAUAUUGCAUGUAUGAAUAUUCUUGCUUUGCUGUCCAAUUAUACUGUGAAUAUGCUAGAGCUAUUCAGAUACUGUAUUUUUUUUUUUUUUUUAACAAAAAAAGCCUUCUGCAAGCCAGCCAUAAAGAAGUUGCUUGAAAAAAUUCAACUUCAUUAAUGAACAAUUUUUACCUCUAAGCCCAGAACACUCGCCAAUGGUUGUAAGGAAGUUUACAAGCAAAGUAAGGAAAGAUUGGUUGCCUUAGUGCUCAUUCUAGGUAAAAUGUAUUUUUAUUCUAUAGUUUUCUAGAAUUCUAAUAGUAAAUAUUAUUUAUACAAAGUGCAUUGAGAGGAUCAGUUCUGCCGUUCUACAGCCGGUUAUCUAAAAUGUUGCUCCAAAUUUGGUUGUGUUGAUUCUUUUUUAAUUUAUAAUGUAGUAAUUUGCCCAUCAAAAACAGAAAUAUGAAUAAGCCGCUUCACGUUUUCUUACUUGUUAUAUAGCUGCCUCAGUUUGUUUUAAAACAAAACUUGUUUUUCACAUGAACUUUUGUUCUGUUAAUGUUGUGGGGGAGGAAAUCUCUAACCUAUGCACUAAUAAAUUUAUCUACGCAA